GACCCCGGGCCGACGCCGAGGCCGCGGCCACCGGCACCACUUUCCCCGCCGGAUGCGACGGUGGGCACGGGGCGGGGCCGCGAGGGAAAUGGCUCCGCCCACAGCUGCGCUCCGUACCCGCUGCUGGCGGGUCGGCGGUAGCCUUCCUGCCGCCCCGCUCCGCCCCGCCCCGGCCCGUCCCGGCCCGGCCCGUCCCAUUCCGUUCUGUUCUAUUCCGCCGUUGCGCGCUCGCUCGCUCCGAGGUCCGGUGAGGCAGGAGGCGGCGGCGGGCGUCAUGGUGCGCGCGCUCAACUCCAUCGUGGCGGUGUGCCAGAACAUGGGCAUCGGGAAGGACGGCAGCCUGCCCUGGCCGCCGCUGAGGAAUGAGUACAAGUACUUUCAGAGAAUGACCAGCACAUCCCAUGUGGAAGGUAAACAGAAUGCACUGAUAAUGGGUAGAAAAACGUGGUUCUCCAUUCCUGAGAAGAAUCGUCCUUUAAAAGACAGAAUUAAUAUAGUGCUCAGCACGGAGCUCAAGGAAACCCCAAAAGGAGCACAUUACCUUUCCAAAAGUCUGGAUGAUGCUUUAGCUCUUUUGGAUUCAUCAGAGUUAAAAAGUAAAGUAGACAUGGUUUGGAUCGUCGGAGGCACUUCAGUUUACAAGGCAGCAAUGGAGAAGCCAAUUAAUCAUCGACUGUUUGUGACAAGAAUUUUGCAGGAAUUUGAAAGUGACACCUUCUUUCCAGAAAUCAACUACCAAGACUACAAACUUCUCACAGAAUACCCCGGUGUCCCUGCUGAUAUCCAAGAAGAGAAUGGCAUCCAAUACAAAUUUGAAGUGUAUGAGAAAGCUGUCUUGGCACAAUAAAUGUGGCUUUUUGUACUUUUAUGUAGGGGCAGCCAUUUUAAAUCAUCAAGUCUUAUAGAGUACAAAUACAUAUUAAAUUACUGCCAGAAAA